AUGAUGGGCGAGGUUGGUUCCGAGAUUCAUCUAGAAAUCAAUGAUCUAAAUCUCACUUCAUAAGAAGAAGCAGACAGUCCUUCAGACAGUGGACAAGGCAGUUUUGAAACAAUUGAGCCUUUGAGUGAAAGAGAUUCAGAUGAAGAGAUAUUCACGAAUAAGAAGUUGAAGAGCAGGAAGGUGAUACAAUACAGUGAUUCUGAAACAGCGGACACAAAUGCUACUCCAGAGGAAACUACCUAUGACAGUGUUGAGAAUGAGAAAGAGAACCUAUAUCCUGGAAAAAGUGGAAAAAUCCAAAGGAUUUACAAAACUCAAGCUGACAGUGAUGAAAAUAACACAGAGGAGUCUUUGUAUCAAGAAAAUCCUAAAACGCAAGUGACACCUUGCUUAGAGCUGAGUCUCCAAUCUGGAAACUCUGUGGACUUUACCAAUGACAAAAAGACUUCCAAAAAAUCUGUACAUGAUAAAGAACAAACUGGCAGAAAAGCAAAAGUAAAAUCAAAGAGAAGACUUGAGAAAGAGGAGAGAAAGAUGGAAAAAAUUAGGCAGUUAAAAAAGAAGAAAACAAGUGAGGAAAAUGAUGUGGAACAGCCAUUGAAUGACAGUGGCUGUCUUCUUGCAGACAAAGACCUUUUUGAAACGGGUUUGGAGGAGGGAAAUAAUUCACCAUUGGAAGAUGAAGAAUCGUUAGAAUCAAUUAGGGCCUCUAUGAAGAACAAAGUAAAAAAUCACAAGAAAAAGGAAUCAUCUUUGGAGAGUGGGGUCAUUUCCUUUGAAGAAGAGAGUGAGUUAUCAAAAGGCACAAUGAAAAAGGAAAGAAAGGCAGCCAAGUUAAGUAAGGAAGCAUUAAAAAAACUGCAUAGUGAGACUCAGCGCCUUAUAUGAGAAUCUGCACUUAAUCUUCCAUAUCAUAUACCUGCGAAUAAAACUGUUCAUGAUUUCUUCAAAUGUAAACCCCGGCCCACUUGUCAGGGAAAUGCCACGGCACUGCUGAAGUCAUCUAAGUAUCAGUCAAUUACAGACACUGCAAAAAAAAAUGAAAUGAAUGGUGACCACUGUAACAAAGGUUCUGAGCAGACGAGUACAGGAUGUGAAAUGGAAAUGAAUGAAUCCCCAGUGGUCUCAAAGGAACCUCAGAUCUUUACUGGAUCAGAUAAGACUUGUACUACAGAUUUAGUGAGAAGUGAAGAACUGGAAAGUAAGGAAAAACAGAAACAGAAUGAUCAUACACCUUCAUCUGAGGACAGCGCAGUAUUGCAACAGGAAUCUGGUGUCCUCAAGAACACAAGUAAGGAGCAUCAGAUUGGAGGCGUUGUGACAUCUGAACUGCAUGCCCUGGUGGGAGAAGAAGGCCAGCUAAAAACAGAAGAAACAGAAGGGAAAUUGGAAGAACCGGUACAGCAAACUAAAUCAUCAGUGGUACCUGAAAAAGUGAGAAGGUUCACUGGGGAUAGAUUGAAGCAGCUGGGAGUGGAUGUUUCCAUGAAAGCCCGGCUGGCUGCUGAUAAAGAUUCCUUCGUGAUACUUGAUGAACCUGAAACCAACAGAGAGCUGGAAGCCUUGAAGCAGCGUUUCUGGAAGCAUGCGAAGCCAGCAGCCAGACCCAGAGCUGGCCAGACAGUGAAUGUGAACGUCAUAGUGAAAGACUUGGGCACUGAUGGAAAGGAAGAACUAAAGGCAGAUGUGGUACCCGUGACUUUGGCAGCCGAGAAGCUGGAAGAAGUGAGCCAUAGAAAGCCAGGUGAAAAACUGCAGGUAUUAAAAGCUAAACUGCAAGAAGCAAUGAAACUCCGGAGGAUUGAGGAACGCCAAAAGCGUCAAGCAUUAUUUAAAUUAGAUAAUGAAGAUGGAUUUGAAGAAGAGGAAGAAGAAGAAAUGACAGAUGAGUCUGAGGAAGACGGAGAGGAGAUGGAGAGUGAAGAGGAGGAAGAUGAGGUGGAGAAAGAAGAGGAAGAACUAGAGGAAGAAGACGAAGGCAAUCAGACUGCGGAAUUCCUUCUUGGUAAUGAAGAUAUCGAAAGCAAAGAUGAGAAAGAAAUGGAUAAAGAAAAUACUGACAGCAGUAGUGAAAUUGGGAAGUCAGUGGACCUCCUGUCUAUACCCAAGCCUCUCUCAUCAGAUUCUACCUUACUUCUAUUUAAGGACAACUCUUCCAAGAUGGGUUACUUUGUUAGUGAAGAGAAAUCAGAAACAGAUGAAAACUGUAGCAAACGGCCUAGCAAACUGGAUGAAGAAGAUUCCUGUUCAUUGCUAACAAAAGAGAGCAGCCACAAUAGCAGCUUUGAGCUGAUUGUCUCCACAAUUCCAUCCUAUCAGCCUUGCAACAGACACACAGGCCGGGGGACCAGUUUUUUCCCAACCGCAGGAGGAUUCAGAUCUCCUUCUCCUGGGCUAUUUCGAGCUAGUUUGAUCGGCUCAGCUUCUAAGAGUUCAGGGAAACUGUCUGAGCCUUCACUUUCUAUAGAGGAUUCCCAGCAUCUGUAUAACGCCUCCCCGUAGCCCAAGACACUUUUCCUAGGAGCAGGAGAUGACUUCCAGUUCUGCUUAGAAGAUGACACUCAAAGCCAACUGUUGGAUGCAGAUGGGCUCUUAAAUGUUAGAAACCACAGAAAUCAGCACCAAGCUUUGAAAACUCAGCUGCCGCUGGCUAGUAUGGAUGAGAACGCCAUGGAUGCCAACAUGGAUGAACUAUUGGAUUUGUGUACUGGAAAGUUUGCAUCUCAGGCUGAAAAAUGUCCAUCCAGGCAGAGUGACAAGAAAGACAACAUGGAAGAACUUUUGAAUCUUUGCUCAGGAAAAUUUCCUUCUCAGGAUGCCUCCCCUCUGGAUCCCUUGGAGUUGAGCAAGCAGGAGAAGGAGAACAGCAUGGGUGACCCGAUGGAAGAAGCAUUAGCUCUCUGCUCAGGCUUUUUCCCAACAGACGGGGAGCAAGAAGGUGAAGAGGGGGAAUUUGGAGACUUUCGGCUCGUGCCUCAUAACAGGGAGUUUGACAGUGAUGAGGAUGAAGACAGUGACUCUGGUAAUGAAAAUAUGAUAUUGGAUGACCAGGAAGAUGAUGAUGAAGAAGAGCUCCUAAAGCAAUCUGAAAAGCUGAAAAGGCAAAUGACAUUGAAGUAUCUGGAGGAUGAAGCAGAGGUAUCAGGAAGUGACGUGGGGAGCAAAGAAGAGUAUGAUGGGGAAGAGAUCAGUGAAUACGAAGAGGAUGCAAUUGAUGAAGUUCUUCCUUCUGAUGAGGAACCGCAGAGUCAAAUCAAGAAAAUACAUAUGAAGACCAUGUUGGAUGAUGAUAAGCGACAGCUACGCUUAUACCAAGAGAGAUAUCUUGCUAAUGGGGAUCUGCACAGCGAUGGACCUGGGCAAAUGAGGAAAUUCCGAUGGAAAAACAUAGAUGAUGCUUCCCAGAUGGACUUAUUCCACCGAGACUCUGAUGAUGAUCAGAUUGAAGAUCAGUUAGAUGAGACAGAAGCCAGAUGGAGGAAGGAGCGGAUUGAACAGGAGCAGUGGCUUCGGGAUCAGGCACAGCAGGGGAAGAGUACAGCUGAAGAAGAAGAAAUUCGGGAAGACAGUCAGUUUAUGAUGCUAGCCAAGAAAGUUACAGCUAAAGCACUGCAAAAGAGUCGCCCUGUGGUUAUCCAAGAAUCAAAAUCUGUACUCAGUAAUCCUUUUGAAACUAUCAGAUCUGGAACUCCUUAUCAGCUGAAGACAGGCUCACUGCUAAACCAGUCCAAAACUAUGCUUCAGAAACUGGCUGUCCUCUCAGACCUCAACCCUAGUGCUCCCCGAAAUUCAAGAAACUUUGUGUUUCAUACACUUUCUCCUGUCAAGGCUGAGGCAGCAAAGGAGUUGUCUAAGUCUCAGGUGAGGAGAAAGGGACCAUCAUUAAAGAUAUGCCUUUCCCCUAAGCACCUCAAGACAGGUGAUAGCAGUCCAGGAUUGAAGCGAAGCAUCUUCAGAUACUUGGAAAGCUAACACCAUCAAGGAUGCCAGAGUCUAUCCAGAGACUGCUUAGUAACUCAGUACUGGAAACUGACAGUGGAGGUUGGAACUGAUGCUCAUGCAAAUGAUCUCUUCUUCAUAAUCAGUGGUGUGUUAAGAUUGUAAACAGGAUUCUAGUUUUUCUUCUGCUCGACUGUGGCUACCUUCCUUUCAGAGUAUUUCCUGAAUUGGUCACUAAUCAUAAUUCUGUAGCUUCCAACAUCAAUAUGGAACAUGUAAGUGAAUCCUCAUGUAUUUCAUUAAACAUUUGACAUUUUAUCCUAGCAGCUGUCCUGGAUUUAUACCUCUGUGGUAGAGAUGGUUGGGAGGAAACAGGAAGGAAAAAAGUGUGGUAUUACAGAAAUUGGUAAAAGUCAGUAUCAGAAUGAUGCCUUCAUACUUGUGAGAUCUCUACCAUAGCAACCAUAAUUCAACAAAGAAGAUUUCUUAGAUGAUGGACCUAGGGACCAACAGAUGGACUGUCGUGGUAGUCUUACCCUUUCUGUUUUUCUUUUUUUUUUUUUUUUAAUUUUUAUUUAUUUAUUUAUUUUUAUCGGUACCAGGGAUCGAACUCACGACCGCCUGCUUGCAAGGCAGGUGCUUAUGCCACUGAGCUAAAUCCCCAGCCCCAUCCCUUUCCAUUUUUCUAUAGGCUUCUCAAGGCAGCCUCAAAGUUCUGAUUAGCUUUUGCUGCCUUUGUAAGAAGGACUUUGACCCUACUUUUCUGAAGUAUGAGGUGAAGAUAAAUGUCUGGCUGCAUUAGAUAAUCUAUGGAGCAGAAAGACCUCUCCUAGGACUGACUUCUCAAUUCACUGAUGAUCAAAGACUUCCUUUCUUGAAGCAUAACCAUUACUUACUGCAUCUCCUGAGUUUAAUAUACUGCCCUGACCAGAGGACAUUUUAAUACAUCAUUACUAAUUAGAGAAUUACCAUCAAUCAUCAUUUUUGCUGUAAUUCCACCAGGCCCUCAGAAUGUUAGACAGACUCCCUAGCCCUCAGAACUGAGCACCCUUGGUGUGUUGGAAAAGAUUCUGUGUGAAUAUACUUUGAGCAUCAGAGCUCGAUAGACCUGGGAAGUUGAAUGGGAUCGUAUCCGUUUUUUAUUACGAGACAGGAAUAUCAAUUUUAAGUGAUCAAAUGAGGGUGCAGGUUUUCUGCAGUUUUUUUUCCUAACAUUCAAGAUGUGGACUUUGAAAACUCACAUUUGUAAAUUUGUAAUCUUGUAAUGGGGGAUAUAUGUGUAAAAAUGUUUUAAUAUGUAUGUCAUUUUCCAAUAAAUCUCAAUGACUUAAAGGCAAAAAAAAAAAAAAUAAAUUUCUUGUAUUUUUGGCUAGAUUCUCCAACCUAUCAACACAGAGAAAGACUGUAUGUAUUAAGUACAUAGAGGGGACAGUGAAGAUGCAAUAAUCAAUAUGAUAGUUAUUUUAGAAGUAGAAUCCAUUUAAUUUGGUGACUGAUCAAAUUUGGGUCUGUGGGCAAGUCAGGCAGAGUUGUAACUGCCAUAGAAGUCACGUGAGGGUAUCAGUCAGCCAGAAAUAGAGAAAUAACAGCUGGUGCCAGUCAGUGAGGGGUGUUAAAUUUAUUCUGGAAAAGGCUAAGUUUUAAAGAUCUCAGUACAAUGUCUAGAAAGGUAAAAAUAUAGAUCUGGACUUCA